CUGACGAGCGCGAGAGAAAAAGAAGCCUGGAACGCGCCAUUUGUCUUCUUCUCGUAGCUUCCUCUCGACCAGAACUGGGAGGGAGGGGGGAGGAGUCGAGUGCUAUGGAGGGAGAGGAGAUAGGGCUGGUGCUGGCCCGAGCGUCGGAGCUUCGUGCCAAGAUCAGCAACUGCAUCGAUCUGAGCGGCGGCGAAGCAGAUCCCGGCGUCGGAGGAAUGGCGGAGACGGCGGAGGAGGAGGAGGAGGAGGAAGAAGAAGAAAGUCUCCGCAGUAUCAGUGAUGCCCUUGAGUCACUGGAGCGGCAGCUCGCGGCCUUCCAAGCUCUGCAACAGCAACAAAGAUAUGAGAAAGAAGUGACUCUAGCUCAGAUUGAUCGCAGCCGAAUGGUAUUACUUAGAAAACUUAAGGAGUAUAAAGGGGAGGACUUGGAAGUGAUUCAUGAAGCAGCAGCCUUUGCUGGUGAAACUGUUGAGCAUGAUGAUGGACUCCUCCUCCCUCCAUACCCAAGUCACCUACCUGACUUGUUUGUUCUGGAUGAUCUCCAUCCUUCUUCACACUUCGCUACUAAGUGCAAGCAAUCUCAAAAGCAGUGCAUGGUUGAAUCAGAAAAGAACCAGAGCUCGCACCAGGGGAGCAGAAACUCACCAAGGGGAAUAACAUAUCUCUUUGGAUUGGUAGCUAAAUCAUUGAUAACGUUUGCUAGUGUCGUGUCUAUUCUAAGAUUAGCUGGUUACAAGCCAAUGCCUGGAAAAGGAGCCAUUCCGUUCAAGGCCCUGGAGUUGUUUGGCAAGCCAGCAAGCGAGGAAAGGCACGGUUCUAUUCAGUGCCCACCUGGGAAAGUUCUGGUGAUUGAAGAUGGGAAGCCCCAUUGUCUUGUUAAAGAGCGAGUUGCAAUUCCAUUUGAGUCAGAUGUUACAGGUCCAAAAGUAAGUUAUGGAUUUGGAUGAGAGUGUUGCAUACCCCACUUGUAAAUUCUUUGGAUCAGUAGCUAGAAGUUCAUUUUGUUAUCUUAUGCUUCUUUAGUAGAUAGCUUUUGUU